AUGGGAUUUCAGAGGCAUGAAUACGUGCAAAAUUUUGCCCAUAUGAGUUGGAAAGAUGAUGACAUUGAAGAGGGGGAUCUCCCUGAACACAGAAGGCCCUCGGCACCAGUUGAUUUUUCAAAAAUUGAUCCAGGCAAGCCUGAGAGCAUCCUGAAGCUGACCAAAAAGGGGAAGACUCUUAUGAUGUUUGUGACUGUGUCUGGAAACCCCACUGAAAAGGAGACAGAGGAACUGACUAGCUUAUGGCAGGGCAGUCUCUUUAAUGCAAACUAUGAUGUGCAAAGGUUUAUUGUAGGUGCAAACCGUGCCAUUUUUAUGCUACGUGAUGGGAGCUAUGCCUGGGAGAUCAAAGACUUUCUGGUGAAUCAGGAGAGAUGUGCAGAUGUAACUGUGGAAGGGCAGGUUUACCCUGGUAAAGGAGCAGAAGAAAGUGAAAAAGUAAAAAACAAAACCAAACCUGAAAAAACUAAAAAGAAAAAAGAUGCCGAGAAGAAAUCUAAACCCCUUGAAGAUAAUAACCGAGCUAGCAAAGAGAGAGAAGAGCUAUGACAGCCACAUUGACCAGACUGAGUACAGUUAACAGAAUCAGCAGUUCUGCUGCUCAUGAUGGUGAAACCUGUCUAAGUUUCCCACCUCACUUGUACCAGCCUUGUCUAUUUUGGGGAAGUGGGGAGGGAGGCAAGAAGGUUAUCUUGGUUCAAGAGACUCUUAUGUUUAAAUACACAAGUAUACUUUUUUAAUGUUUAGCAUUUAAGUAACAGCAAAGUGAAUGUUUAAUAUGUGGGGAUUGACUACUUUAGGUUGCAGCUUUUUUUGUUACAUUUACUUAACCAGUUUAAAGUUAAAAUAGGUUCUUUUGCGUCUAAUGUUAUUAACUUUGCUCAUAUGGCAAGAAGGGAAAAAGAAAAUCCUUGAAGUGGACCAAAGUUAAUAUGUAAUAGUGACAGGCCGUUUUGUGUAGGCAAGUCAAUUAUUCAGAGUCACAACUCAGAAUACAAACUGCUCACUGAGCAAUAUUUUCCACAAUUUCUGUGAAUAAUAUCCUACUUGUGGGCACUUUGAUCACUAUAACAGUACCAAUGAGCCUUGAAAGCAUAGCCUCCAAAUAUCACAGCUAAUGUUGAAACAAGUGCCUGGGAGACAUAAUGCAAGAUAAAUACAAAGACCAUGUUAAAUGUUUGUUCUCUAAAUCAGUGAAAGAAAGAAGAUUCUCUAUCCAUCUGUCAUGAUAGUGGGAUUAAUAGAUUUGCAUCAACAAUGUAAACGUGAUGUCAGUGAAAUUAAAUUAAGACUUGUCUCCUACUCCGUUUAACUCCCCAUUGUGUGCAUUCAUUCUGUAAAAAAUCAGUAUGCUGAAACAAAAGCAGGAGGGUCAGUUUAAAUACCAGUGGCCUGAUUUAAUUUGGGGUUGGCUGACUUAAGAAUCGACUCAACUCUUUGAAUAAGUACUGAUGGCAAUAUGGAGAUAACUAGCCGCACAUUUAGUUUUAUGUAGGGUCUGAUUGUUUUGUUGGUUAUAUUUAUACAUCUCCUAUAGAAGCUGCAUGCAUACAGUUUCUGAGUUGGGUGGUCCCCUUGUUUGUUUGUUUUUUAAAUGAACGGGUAUCACCUAUUUGAAAAAAAAAUUCUCACCAAGUAAAUCGGUCUUUUUUACACCAGUCAGAUACCAUGAAGAUUUAUGUCUGGGGAGAGGCUUUCAUUUCUCUUCAAAAAAACUGUAAUAAACAAGGGUUUCUUUUAUUCUGAUUGUGUCUGCAUCCAUGCUUGCCUUGGAAACUUGUUUUUCUUACUCCUCAAAUAUGUUGAAGACUGAGCAUAAAAACUAACCUAGAAAACUUAUCCAUUUUAAAAGGAUAAGAACAGUGUUUGUUAUUUGUUUGUUAUCACUGGAAUAAUGUUAUUCUCCAGGUGUUUGGAGAAUUAAAAGGUACUAACUUGAACCAUAAUUGUUGAUUUAAUCUUUUGAUGUUGAAAUACUUCAGAAAUGGUUAAUUUUGUUGUUUUACUAAUUGAAUGCUUGUACCUGAAAAAGACAUUUACAACAUUUGUACAGAGCUUUCUGUUUUAGUAUAAUUUCUUUCUUUUAAAAAUGUGCACAGUAUGUUAAUUCAGCAGACUAAUCUUUUGGAAACAGGAUAACCCUGUCUGUGGUCCAGAAUUAUAUACGAGUAAAGAUUAACUGAUUCUGAUGAAAUCUGAAGGUGAUAAUAUGCACAAUUCUUUCUUCCUGUUUCUAGGGCUUGUGUGAAUUAAAGGUUAAAUUGUAGGGGAUUGCAGUAGAAUAGAUUUCUGUAAUAUAUUUCAUCCUAAGCCUUUGAA